AUGACAUCUAGACUCCUCCCCUUCCUGGCGUGCAUCCUGCUCCUCGCCAUGCCCCUUCAGGCGCAGGAGCCCAGCGCUGCCGAAAUCCAGGACCUGAGCAUUAGAAACGCCGACUUCGCCGCCCGGCUGUACCGUGCUAUUGCUAGCACCUCUGAUGGCAACGUCCUUCUCUCCCCCUUCACCGUAUCUUUGGGCUUGGCUGCAUUGAUGAGUGGUGCCGAUGGUUCUACACGCGAGCAACUCCUUCAGGGCCUGAGUCUGAACGCUCUGGACCACCUAAGGAUCCCAGGUAUUUAGCCAUAGAGAAUAAAGAGGCAGACCAGUAAGUAGAGGGUGGCAGGUUUGAAUCCCAGGCUUGCCGUUGUGCCCUUGAGCAAGGCAUUUUACCUCAAAUAGCUACAUGGGCAUUGCUCUGCGGCUGACCCUAUACUGUUUCCAUAUUUUUUAUGCUUGUUUGUGCUUACAUUUAAAUUCUAUUCUAUGCCAGAACUGUUCCAGAGUGUCCGGGAGAGCGUGGCCGAGAGCGGGCUCGUGAACCAGGGUAUUGGCAUCCUCCCCCGCCAGCAGUUCAAAGUGGACUCGGCCUACCGAGAUGUGGUGCAGACCCAGUACGCAGGAAACAUCCAAGGGCUGGACUACAACGAAGGGGCAGCCAAGGACACCAUCAACAAGUUUGCCUACGACUACACGGGGGGGGAGGUGAAGGAGGUAAUCAGUACCAUCGACCCCCAGACCCAGAUGAUGCUCAUCACUGCCGUCUUCUUUCAAGGUGAGGAGGGUGUAGGAACAGGGGUUCAAUUGGGGGCAUACAGAAUUUUGUGUCUAUUUGAUUCCCUUUCCUCUAUAUCUCACCAGGCCAGUUUGCCCUCGCCUUCAAUGCCAGCUUCACCCAGUAUGAGCGCUUCUACGUGAACAAGUACAACAUUGCCACGGUCCCCAUGAUGUUCCGCUCCGACAAGUAUCAUCUGGCAUACGACCGCUCGCUCAAGCUGGGCGUCCUGAAGCUGCCCAUGACGGGCGGCACUGCCAUGCUGGUGCUUCUGCCCGACAAGGAUGUGGACUACACCUCCAUCGACGAGGAGAUCACGGGAGAACGCUUCCAAGGCUGGCUCAAACAGCUCAAGAGGACGUAGGUGGUAUGGCACUACAGCAAUGGAAUAGGUUGCGUUUAUAUAGCAUAUUUCACUAGGGCCCGUAUUCAAUCCAUAGUGCAGUGUAUUGGACAUCCAUAGUGCAGCUUUUAAAGGCAUUUUCUCUAACAUUUGCUCAAUUGUAAAUUACCUACAGAGGUUUUUUGCCUCAUUCAAGGGGCGCCUGCAAUAUUCCGCUUUAUCAGCUGUGCUCCUACCGUUCUGGUGGCCGUUCACGUGCCGUUUUCCUCACAAAGCCCACCCGCCCUUUUCACAUUAAAUCUGCCAGUCGGAAGCAAGACGCUUUUUCAUAGCUACAGUGGGGGAAAAAAUUAUUUAGUCAGCCACCAAAUGUGCAAGUUCUCCCACUUCAAAAGAUGAGAGAGGCCUGUAAUUUUCAUCAUAGGUACACGUCAACUAUGACAGAUAAAAUGAUAAUUUUUUUCUCCAGAAAAUCACAUUGUAGGAUUUUUUAUGAAUUUAUUUGCAAAUUAUGGUGGAAAAUACGUAUUUGGUCAAUAGCAAAAGUUUCUCAAUACUUUGUUAUAUACCCUUUGUUGGCAAUGACACAGGUCAAACGUUUUCUGUAAGUCUUCACAAGGUUUUCACACACUCUUGCUGGUAUUUUGGCCCAUUCCUCCAUGCAGAUCUCCUCUAGAGCAGUGAUGUUUUGGGGCUGUCGCUGGGCAACACGGACUUUCAACUCCCUCCAAAGAUUUUCUAUGGGGUUGAGAUCUGGAGACUGGCAAGGCCACUCCAGGACCUUGAAAUGCUUCUUACGAAGCCACUCCUUCGUUGCCCGGGCGGUGUGUUUGGGAUCAUUGUCAUGCUGAAAGACCCAGCCACGUUUCAUCUUCAAUGCCCUUGCUGAUGGAAGGAGGUUUUCACUCAAAAUCUCACGAUACAUGGCCCCAUUAAUUCUUUCCUUUACACGGAUCAGUCGUCCUGGUCCCUUUGCAGAAAAACAGCCCCAAAGCAUGAUGUUUCCACCCCCAUGCUUCACAGAAGGUAUGGUGUUCUUUGGAUGCAACUCAGCAUUCUUUGUCCUCCUAACACGACAAGUUGAGUUUUUACCAAAAAGUUAUAUUUUGGUUUCAUCUGACCAUAUGACAUUCUCCCAAUCCUCUUCUGGAUCAUCCAAAUGCACUCUAGCAAACUUCAGAUGGGCCUGGACAUGUACUGGCUUAAGCAGGGGGACACGUCUGGCACUGCAGGAUUUGAGUCCCUGGCGGCGUAGUGUGUUACUGAUGGUAGGCUUUGUUACUUUGGUCCCAGCUCUCUGCAGGUCAUUCACUAGGUCCCCCCGUGUGGUUCUGGGAUUUUUGCUCACCGUUCUUGUGAUCAUUUUGACCCCACGGGGUGAGAUCUUGCGUGGAGCCCCAGAUCGAGGGAGAUUAUCAGUGGUCUUGUAUGUCUUCCAUUUCCUAAUAAUUGCUCCCACAGUUGAUUUCUUCAAACCAAGCUGCUUACCUAUUGCAGAUUCAGUCUUCCCAGCCUGGUGCAGGUCUACAAUUUUGUUUCUGGUGUCCUUUGACAGCUUUUUGGUCUUGGCCAUAGUGGAGUUUGGAGUGUGACUGUUUGAGGUUGUGGACAGGUGUCUUUUAUACAUAUAGUGGUCCUCUGUAGCUCAACUGGUAGAGCACGGCGCUUGUAACGCCAAGGUAGUGGGUUCGAUCCCCGGGACCACCCAUACACAAAAAAUGUAUGCACGCAUGACUGUAAGUCGCUUUGGAUAAAAGCGUCUGCUAAAUGGCAUAUUAUUAUUAUUAUUAUUAUACUGAUAACAAGUUCAAACAGGUGCCAUUAAUACAGGUAACAAGUGGAGGACAGAGGAGCCUCUUAAAGAAGAAGUUACAGGUCUGUGAGAGCCAGAAAUCUUGCUUGUUUGUAGGUGACCAAAUACUUAUUUUCCACCAUAAUUUGCAAAUAAAUUCAUUAAAAAUCCUACAAUGUGAUUUUCUGGAUAAAAAAAUUCUCAAUUUGUCUGUCAUAGUUGACGUGUACCUAUGAUGAAAAUUACAGGCCUCCCUCAUCUUUUUAAGUGGGAGAACAUGCACAAUUGGUGGCUGACUAAAUACUUUUUCCCCCUACUGUAUUAAGUAGUAGAUUCCCAAAUGCCCAAUAAAAAUACAAUAUAAAUUCAGCAAAAAAAGAAAUAUCCUCUCACUGUCAACUGCGUUUAUUUUCAGUAAACUUAACAUGUGUAAAUAUUUGUAUGAACCUAACAAGAUUCAACAACUGGGACAUAAACUGAACAAGUGCCACAGACAUGUGACUAACAGAAAUUGAAUAAUAUGUCCCUGAACAAAGCGGGGGGGGGUCAAAAGUAACAGUCAGUAUCUGGUGUGGCCACCAGCUGCAUUAAGUACUGCAGUGCAUCUCCUCCUCAUGGACUGCACCAGAUUUGCCAGUUCUUGCUGUGAGUUACCCCACUCUUCCACCAAGGCACCUGCAAGUUCCCAGACAUUUCUGGGGGGAAUGGCCCUAGCCCUCACCCUCCGAUCCAACAGGUCCCAGACGUGCUCAAUGGGAUUGAGAUCCGGGCUCUUCGCUGGCCAUGGCAGAACACUGACAUUCCUGUCUUGCAGGAAAUCACGCACAGAACGAGCAGUAUGGCUGGUGGCAUUGUCAUUCUGGAGGGUCAUGUCAGGAUGAGCCUGCAGGAAGGGUACCACAUGAGGGAGGAGGAUGUCUUCCCUGUAACACACAGCGUUGAGAUUGCCUGCAAUGACAACAAGCUCAGUCCGAUGAUGCUGUGACACCGCCCCAGACCAUGACGGACCCUCCACCUCCAAAUCGAUCCCGCUCCAGAGUACAGGCCUCGGUGUAACGCUCAUUCCUUCAGAGAUAAACGCGAAUCCGACCAUCACCCCUGGUGAGACAAAACCGCGACUCGUCAGUGAAGAGCACUUUUUGCCAGUCCUGUUUGCCGGUGGGUUUGUGCCCAUAGGCGACGUUGAUGUCUGGUGAGGACCUGCCUUACAACAGGCCUACAAGCCCUCAGUCCAGCCUCUCUCAGCCUAUUGCGGACAGUCUGAUCACUGAUGGAGGGAUUGUGCGUUCCUGGUGUAACUUGGGCAGUUGUUGUUGCCAUCCUGUACCUGUCCCGCAGGUGUGAUGUUCGGAUGUACCAAUCCUGUGCAGGUGUUGUUACACUGGUCUGCCACUGCGAGGACGAUCAGCUGUCCGUCCUGUCUCCCUGUAGCGCUGUCUUAGGCGUCUCACAGUACGUACAUUGCAAUUUAUUGCCCUGGCCACAUCUGCAGUCCUCAUGCCUCAUGUCAGUAGAAAGGCCUCUUUAGUGUCCUACGUUUUCAUAACUGUGACCUAAAUUGCCUACCGUCUGUAAGCUGUUAGUGUCUUAACAACUGUUCCACAGGUGGAUGUUCAUUAAUUGUUUAUCGUUCAUUGAACACGCAUGGGAAACAGUGUUUAAACCCUUUACAAUGAAGAUCUGUGAAGUUAUUUGUUUUUUUAUGAAUUUUCUUGGAAAUCCUGAAAAGGGGACGUUUAGUUAUUAAGCUGGAAUUGUGUAGUAAUGAAAAUAGGAAAUGUGUGUUCACCAGUAGGCAUGUCCCAAAACUCUGCUCAUCACUACUCAAAUUGCAGCAUCAUCAGUACUGACUUACCACUCCUGUAUAUAGUAAAUAAGUAGUGAAACACGUAUUAUUGAGUAGAACUUGUAAGGUAGUGAGGAAUAGUAAGUGGCAACUAGAAGCAAUUGCAUAAUAGGAACUAUUACAAAUUGAUGGUCCUCGAAAAUAAAUAUUAGCGCUUGAAAAAGUACUUGAAAGUCCUUGAAUUUGACAUGCCACUGUCUGUACAAACCCUGUCAGAGGUUUUCAUUGUCAAAGCAUAGAACAAAUGCUAUGGCACACAUAUCACCCCAUCCCACUAUCAAUGUCCUUAAACUUUAUUAUACAGUAUGUCAACAUACAGUAUAUUUCACUGACUGUGGUCCUUCAGGACAGGAGUUGUGCACAUCUGCCCCCAGAUAAGUGAUUGUCACAGCAUUAUUGAAAGACUACAAAGAAGUGAGAUUAAAAAGACCCUGUUCUCAACAACAAAACAUGUUGUUUAGGACAAUUAUACAACAUUAACAUGAAACGCUCAACCAUUGGCCAUACUGUAUGACCCAUUCCUAAUGAUUAUGAUGUCACUUCCUGUGUUGUACAGGAAGCUGGAGGUGCAGCUGCCAAGAUUUAUGCUGGAGCAGUCGUACUCCCUGCAGAAGGUCCUGCCAGGUCUGGGGAUAAGUGAGGCCUUCCAGGAGAGGGCUGACUUCUCUGGCAUCGGAGGGGAAACUGGCCUGAGGCUCUCUGAGGUCAGUUUGUGUGUAUGUGCAAUUGGUAUGUCAUCAGUAUGUGUAUGUGUGUGUGUGUGUGUGUGUGUGUAUCCGUCAUUGAGUGUGUAUAUCUGUGUUGUUCAUCAGUGUUUGUGUGUUUCUCCCGCAUGUACACUACCAGUCAAAAGUUUGGACACACCUACACAUUCAAGGGUUUUUCUUUAUUUUUACAACUUUUUACAUUGUAGAAUAAUAGUGAAGACAUCAAAACUAUGAAAUAAUACAUAUGGAAUCAUGUAGUAACCAAAAAAGUGUAUAUUUGACAUUCUUCAAAUAGCCACCCUUUGCCUUGAUGACUGCUUUGCACACGCUUGGCAUUCUCUCAACCAGCUUCAUGAGGUAGUCACCUGGAAGGCAUUUCAAUUAAUUAAUUUGGUAAAAGAUCAAGUCCAUAUUAUGGCAAGAAUAGCUCAAAUAAUGAAAGAGAAAUGACAGUCCAUCAUUACUUAAGACAUGAAGGUCAGUCAAUACGGAACAUUUCAAGAACUUUCAAUGUUUCUUCAAGUGCAGUCACAAAAACCAUCAAGCGCUAUGAUGAAACUGGCUCUCAUGAGGACCACCACAGAAAUGGAAGACCCAGAGUUACCUCUGCUGCAGAGGAUAAGUUCAUUAGAGUUACCAGCCUCAGAAAUUGCAGCCCAAAUAAAUGCUUCACAGAGUUCAAGUAACAGACACAUCUCAGCAUCAACUGUUCAGAGGGGACUGUGUGAAUCAGGCCUUCAUGGUCAAAUUGCUUCAAAGAAACCACUACUAAAGGACACCAAUAAGAAGAAGAGACCUGCUUGGGCCAAGAAACACGAGCAAUGGACAUUAGACCGGUGAAAAUUUGUCCUUUGGUCUGGAGUCCAAAUUUGAGGUUUUUGGUUCAAACCGCUGUAUCUUUGUGAGACGCGGUGUGGGUGAACAGAUGAUCUCCGCAUGUGUAGUUCCCACCAUAAAGCAUGGAGGAGGAGGUGUUAUGGUGUGGGGGUGCUUUGCUGGUGACACUGUCUGUGAUUUAUUUAGAAUUCAAGGCACACUUAACCAGCAUGGCUACCACAGCAUUCUGCAGCUAUACGCCAUCCCAUCUGGUUUGGGCUUAGUGGGACUAUCAUUUGUUUUUCAAAAGGACAAUGACCCAACAAAUCAAAUCAAAUCAAAUCAAAUUCUAUUGGUCACAUGCGCCGAAUACAACAGGUGCAGACAUUACAGUGAAAUGCUUACUUACAGCCCUUAACCAACAGUGCAUUUAUUUUAAACAAAAAAAGUAAGAAUAAAACAACAACAAAAAAAGUGUUGAGAAAAAAGAGCAGAAGUAAAAUAAAGUGACAGUAGGGAGGCUAUAUAUACAGUAAAAUAAAGUGACAGUAGGGAGGCUAUAUAUACAGGGGGGUACCGUUGCAGAGUCAAUGUGCGGGGGCACUGGCUAGUUGAGGUAGUUGAGGUAAUAUGUACAUGUGGGUAGAGUUAAAGUGACUAUGCAUAAAUACUUACUUAACACACCUCCAGGCUGUGUAAGGGCUAUUUUACCAAGAAGGAGAGUGAUGGAGUGCUGUAUCAGAUGACCUGGCCUCCACAAUCCCCCGACCUCAUCAGGGUUGGGUUAUAAAAAAAUAUCAGAAACGUUGAACAUCCCACGGAGCACCAUUAAAUCCAUUAUUAUAAAUGGAAAGAAUAUGGGUGGGGGGCACGCUCAAGUUUAAUGUUUUUUUGUCUAAUUUCUUGUUUGUUUCACAAUAAAAAAUAUUAUGCAUCUUCAAAGUAGUAGGUAUGUUGUGUAAAUCAAAUGAUAAAAACCCCCAAAAAAUCCAUUUUAAUUCCAGGUUGUAAGGCAACAAAAUAGUAAAAAUGCCAAGGGGGGUGAAUACUUUCGCAAGCCACUGUACCUUGUGCAGGUGUGUAACAGGCAUUACAGGCUUUGUUCCCUUGCGCGCGCUGAAUAAAUGUAAUUCAACCCCUGAAAACCCUCCCACUUGCUGACCAAAGAUUUUCUCAUUGAGUUUUCAUUCAAUAGGGUUUUCAGUAAAUGUAUCUUCAGCAUCCCUUUAAAUACGGUGUACCUUUUUAGUUAGAAUUUUGUCCACAGAAUAUAUCAAGAUGACGGGUUCUGAAUAUUAGGGAUCAUGAAAGAAAGCCAUCUAAAUAUAUGCAUAUUCGUCCCUGUUUCAGGAACAAUUGCUAGAUUUAAAAAUACUCUGAUUUUGUAGAAUAUUUUGUAAUCAUGAACGCACUAAAUAAUGAAAAAAGUGGUUUGAUUCAUUCUGAAAAUCACCACAUUCAGUUCUUCAACCCAUGGUAAUGUUGGAAGAUUAGUGUACAUUUGUAUUUGUAUUUAUUAAGGAUCCCCAUUAGCUGCUGCCAAGGGGUCCAGCAACAUUAAGGCAGUUAUAUACAAUUAAAAAUAUUACAUUUCACAACACAUUAAGUGUGUUCCCAUCAGGCCACUACUCUACUAUCACAUAUCUACAAUACAAAAUCCAUGUUUACGUGUGUGUAGAGUGUGUCUUAUCAGGUCUUAUUCAUGUAUUAAACUGUUUUUUCCCCUCAUCAAUCUACACACAAUACCUCAUAAUGACAAAGGAAUUUUGUUUUGCAAAUGUAUUACAAAUAAAAUACUGAAAUAUCACUUAAGUAUUCAGACCCUUUCCUCAGUACUUUCUUGAAGCACCUUUGGCAGUGAUUAGUGUCGAUUCUUCUUGGGUAUGACGCUACAAGCUUGGCACACUUGUAUUUGGGGAGUUUCUCCCAUUCCUCUCUGCAGAUCCGCUCAAGCUGUCAGGUUGGAUGGGGAGCGUUGCUGCACAGCUAUUUUCAGGUCUCUCCAGAGAUGUUAGAUCGGGUUCAAGUCCGGGCUCUGGCUCGGCCACUCAAGGACAUUCAGAGACUUGUCCCGAAGCCACUCCUGCAUUGUCUUGGCUGUGUGCUUAGGGUCGUUGUCCUGUUGGAAGGUGUACCUUUGCCCCAGUCUGGGGUCCUGAGCACUCUGGAGCAGGUUUUCAUUAAGGAUCUCUCUGUACUUUUCUCCGUUCAACCUUCCCUCAAUCCUGAUUAGUCACCCAGUCCCUACCGCUGAAAAAUAUCCCCACAGCAUGAUGCUGCCACCACCAUGCUUCACCGUAGAGAUGGUGCCAGGUUUCCUCCAGACGUGACGCUUGGCAUUCAGGGCAAAGAGUUCAAUCUUGGUUUCAUCAGACCAGAGAAUCUUGUUUCUCAUGGUCUGAGUCCUUUAGGUGACUUUUGACAAACUCCAAGCGGGCUAUCAUGUGCCUUUUACUGAGGAGUGGCUACCGUCUGGCCACUCUACCAUAAAGGCCUGAUUGGUGGAGUUCUACAGAGAUGGUUGUCCUUCUGGAAGGUUCUCCCAUCUCCACAGAGGAACGCUGGAGCUCAUUCAGAGUGACCAUUGGUUUCUUGGUCACCUCCCUGACCAAGGCCCUUCUCCCCCGAUUGCGUAGUUUGUCCGGGCGGCCAGCUCUAGGAAGAGUCUUGGUGGUUCCAAACUUCUUCCAUUUAAGAAUGAUGGAGGCCACUGUGUUCUUGAGGACCUUUAGUGCUGCAGAAGUUUUUUGGUACCCUUCCCCAGACCUGUGCCUCGACACAAUCCUGUCUCGGAGCUCUACGGACUAUUCCUUCAACCUCAUGGCUUGGUUUUUGCUCUGACAUGCACUGUCAACUGUGGGACCUUAUAUAGACAGGUGUGUGCCUUUCCAAAUCAUGCCCAAUCAAUUGAAUUUACCACUGGUGGAAUCCAAUCCAGUUUUAGAAACAUCUCAAGGAUGAUCAAUGGAAACAGGAUGCACCUGAGCUCAAUUUCGAGUCUCAUAGCAAAAGGUCUGUUUUAAAAAAAAAAUACAUUUGCACAAAUUUCUAAAAACCAGUUUCCGCUUUGUUCAUGAGAAAAAAUUAUAUUUGAUCAAUUUUAGAAUAAGGCUGUAACGUAACAAUGUGUAAAAAGUCAAGUGGUCUGAAUACUUUCCGAAUGCACUGUAUUUUUAUCUGUUUUUUAAAUCUGAUUCUACUGCUUGCAUCAGUUGCCUGAUGUGGAAUAGAGUUCCAUGUAGCCAUGACUCUAUGUAGUACUGUGCGCCUCCUAUAGUGUGUUCUUGACUUGGGGAUUGUGAAGAGACCUUUGGUGGCAUGUCUUGUGGGGUAUGCAUGGGUGUCCGAGCUGUGUGCUAGUAAUUUAAACUGACACCUCUGUGCAUUCAACAUGUCAACAGUUCUUACAAAAACAAGUAGUGAUGAAAUCAAUCUUUCCUCCACUUUGAGCCAUGAGAGAUGUACAUGCAUAUUAUUAAUGUUAGCUCUACGUGUACAUUUAAGGGCCAGCCGUGAUCCCCUGUUCUGAGCCAAAUGUAAUUUUCCGAGGUCCCUCUUUGUGGCACCUGACCACACGACUGAACAGUAGUCCAGGUGCGCCAAAACUAGAUCCUGUAGGACCUGCCUUGUUGAUAGUGUUGUUAAAAAGGCAGAGCGGCGCUUUAUUAUGGACCUCUCCCCAUCUUAGCUACUGUUGUAUCAACAUGUUUUGACCAUGACCGUUUACAAUCCAGGGUUACUCGAAGCAGUUUAGUCACCUCAACUUGCUGAAUUUCCACAUUCUCUAGUACAAGGUUUAGUUGAAUUUUAGGGUUUAGUGAAUGAUUUGUCCCAAAUACAAUGCUUUUAGUUUUUGAAAAAUUUAGGACUAACUUAUUCCUUGCCACCCAUUCUGAAAUUAACUGCAGCUCUUUAAGUGUUGCACUGAUUUCACUCGCUGUAGUAGCUGACGUGUAUGGUGUUGAGUCAUCCGCAUACAUGGCAUUUCCAUAUUUUCUGUCGAUGUUAUAACCAUGUAUUGCUACCACUAUCAUCAAAGGUAUUAUCUAAGUAAUUUUCAGAGAUUGUCAGAAUAUGAAUGUCAUUAGUUGCUAGCAAAUUAUUGAUUUCACGAACCUUGUGUCUUAAGCUACAUAUGUUAACGUAGGCUAUUUUUAGCACUCUUCUGGAAUGCUUGAUUGUUUUCAUUGCUUUACUGGGAAGCUUAGCAGAAGUAGACAUGCUCAUGUUAUUUAUGUUAGUGCAAAGUGAGCUGCACACAGUGUACUUCCUACUAGGGCACACCGCCUCAGUGCUAACAGUAUAACUCUGGUUCAUAGGCACAUGAUUACUGCAUGCAAUAGCUGUGGGAUCAGCAGAGGCAUUCAGGGCAGUUAGAGGGACAUAAAUUAGGUUACUUACAUUGUGUCUUCCAACGCCCCUGGGAUAAUGUACAUUUCCUGAGGCAUUAGGACAACUCAGCGACACAAUGGUAGGGAUUAACUGAGCUGGGCUUGGGUCAUUGAUAAGUCAUUAAUAAGGAACCCAAUUGAUUUGGAUUUGAUCCCAUCCUUAUAAAACAAGCUUUGUUUCCAGAAGGUAUCAACAUUUUCAAUAACUGUUACACCCACAGAGCUGCAAUAGUCAUGAGGCCAGAUAUGGAGGGCUAACAGUCUGCUGAAACAUUCAAUGCCACGAUUUAGAGAGGGCACAGGGCCAGAUAUUAUGGGGCGUUUGUUGGUGUCAAGCAGAGAACCAAUCAGUUCUUUAAAAUCAAUUUUCAGCUGUUCUGAGCUGCCCUUCAUAAUGUCAUUGAAUACCACAUGAACUAUGAUAGACUACAUUUCCUGAUGCAGGUGUCCUGUACUCGUGCUCCUGGAUAGCACAAUGUUUUUGCUCCAGGGACUGAGACAUUUCUCACCAUUGAACUGCCCAAAGAAACAAUGGCCGGAGAAGGGGAUGGAAAAAUGCUCCCAUUCCUACCCCUCACACAAUUCGUGGAACCUUUCACGGGCCCACGAGAAGCAGGAUAGCAUACAUAGAAUUAUAAUAGGGAGAAUAGUGUAAAAUAAUAGGCUAUACCCUCGUCUAUUGCCUGCAAUAACCAUGGAACUGUGUGAUGACACAGCCAAGUAUUGCACCAUGCGUCGGGUUCAAACUAUUACGGCUUGGUCUGCGCUCCGCUCCAUAACGAUUUCACUUCCAGUCAAAAGUUUGGACAAACCUACUCAUUCAAGGGUUUUUCUUAAUUUUUUUUACUAUUUUCUAUAUUGUAGAAUCAUAGUGAAGACAUCAAAACUAUGAAAUAACACAUAUGGAAUCAUGUAGUAACCAAAAAAGUAUUAAACAAAUCAAAAUAUAUUUUAUAUUUGAGAUUCUUCAAAUAGCCACCCUUUGCCUUGAUGACAGCUGUCACACUAGCCUUCGCUUUGGCUCCCCCUCCUGUCCAGCUCAGGCAUUUGGCGUCACCGGCCUUCUUGCUGCUGCCGAACCUGCUGCAAGCAAACGCCCUUCAAUCAUCAACCCCGGACUUGUAUCGUCAUCAUUACACACACCUGGUUCCAAUCCCCCUCUAUCACUGUAUACAUACUCCCUCUGUCAGUCAUUGUAUAUGUUGCUUGUUUUCCUGAGAGGAAUCUCUCCUACUAUUUCCUGAAUACUUUUUUUUUUUUUGCACUGUGGGUUUCGUCCCGCUUUAAUAAAUUCAGUAGUUCUAAACCUGCAGCUGCCUCCUGCCUACUCUUCUCUACACUUGUGACAACAGCUUUGCACACUCUUGGCAUUCUCUCAACCAGCUUCAUGAGGUAGUCACCUGGAAUGCAUUUCAAUUAACAGGUGUGCCUUCUUAAAAGUUAAUUUGUGGAAUUUCUUUCCCUAAUGCAUUUGAGCCAAUCAGGUGUGUUGUGACAAGGUAGAUAGCCCUAUUUGGUAAAAGACCAAGUCCAUAUUAUGGCAAGAACAGCUCAAAUAAGCAAAGAGAACGACAGUCCAUCAUUACUUUAAGACAUGAAGGUCAGUCAAUACUGAACAUUUCAAGAACUUUGAAAGUUUCUUCAAGUGCAGUCGCAAAAACCAUCAAGCACUAUGAUGAAACUGGCUCUCAUGAGGACCGCCACAGGAAUGGAAGACCCAGAGUUACCUCUGCUGCAGAGGAUAAGUUCAUCAGAGUUACCAGCCUCAGAAAUUGCAGCCCAAAUAAAUGCUUCACAUAGCUAAAGUAACAGACGCAUCUCAACAUCAACUGUUCAGAGGGGACUGUGUGAAUUGCUGCAAAGAAACCACUACUAAAGGACACCAAUAAUAAGAAGAUACCUGCUUGGGCCAAGUAACUAAAGCAAUGGACCUUAGACCGGUGGAAAUGUGUCCUUUGGUCUAGAGUCCAAAUUGGUUCAAACCGCUGUGUCUUUGUGAGAUGCGGUGUGGGUGAACGGAUGAUCUCUGCAUGUGUUGUAUCCACCGUAAAGCAUGGAGGAAGAGGUGUUAUGGUGUGGGGGUGUUUUGCUGUUGACACUGUCUGUGAUUUAUCCAAGGCACACUUAACCAGCAUGGCUACCACAGCCUUCUGUAGCGAUACGAUCCCAUCUGGUUUGGGCUUAGUGGGACUAUCAUCUGUUUUUCAACAGGACAAUGACCCAACACAGCUCCAGGCUUUUACCAAGAAGGAGAGUGAUGGAGUGCUGCAUCAGAUGACCUGGCCUCCACAAUCCCCCGACCUCAACCCAUUUAAGAUGGUUUGGGAUGAGUCGGACGACAGAGUGAAGGAAAAGCAGCCAACAAGUGCUCAGCAUAUGUGGGAACUCCUUCAAGACUGUUGGAAAAGCGCUCCAGGUGAAGCUGGUUGAGAGAAUGCCAAGAGUGUGCAAAGCUGUCAUCAAGGCAAAGGGUGGCAAUUUGAAGAAUCUCAAAUAUUAAAUAUAUUUUGAUUUGUUUAACACUUUUCUGGUUACUACAUGAUUCCAUAUGUGUUAUUUCAUAGUUUUGAUGUCUUCAAUAUUAUUCUACAAUGUAAAAAAUAGUAAAAAUAAAGAAAAACCCUUGAAUGAGUAUGUGUGUCCAAACUUUUGACUGGUACUGUAUAUGUUAUUACUGUUACUAAUAAUCCUCAUCAACAACCACAUGGCCGUGACGGCAUUUACAGAGGAAGCAAAUGAAGGUAAACGAAACAAUGUAAUUAAAUGGAAUGAUAACGUAGGCUAUAACAACUAAAGGGAACUAACAGUAAAUUGGCAGUUGAAUAUGUGUGGUUAUGUGGCCCACUGACGGUCAGUACUGAUAGUGGCUAAUAUUUAACAUGAUAGAAAUAGGAAACAGAGAACGUUGGGGUAGCCUAUAAUAAACUCAGUCAAUUUAAAUUCUGCAUAAUGGCACAACAUUUCAUAAACUUUACUGUGGGAAAGUUGAUAUGGUGAUAUUAUGGUGGCAUUAUACAUUUUAGAUUGUAGAUAUGUAGUGGUGUAGUAAUGUUAUGACGUACUGUUUUAUAUUUUGUGUUAUGUGUGAUGUAAGUGCCUUAAUGUGUUUGGACUCCAGGAAGAGUAGCUGCUGCAUUGGCAGCAAAUAAUGGGGAUCCCUAAUAAAUACAAAUACAAAUAUGCUUCAGUUUGCUGCCAUAUGACUGGCUUCAUAUUUGUUUCUAUUAUAAAGUAAAAUAAAUCUAAAACAAGUGUAAUUUAUAUUUACAAUUCCCUUAUCCAAAUAUAUUACUAAUUUACCUAGCUCUUAUCAAUAGCUCUUAUCAAGUUGUAAAUUACAGUGCAUGGAGAAUCUUGUUAUUUCUAUCGGAAAAAAUCAACUAGAUGCUUUUUCCAUUUGGAACCAGUAGGUUCGCUAGACCUGAUUCAUUGUUUCCUCGUGCGUAAAGGUGGUGUAAUUAUUAGGGAAUUAAUUCAAGGUCAGAAUACAGCGUAUCUGUAGACACACCUCUGCCGCACCUUCAUUUAUUUGAUCUCCACCCAAAAAGAAUAGCGGGUGAAUAGCAUGCUAUUCUCAUGCUUAUGUUCGAGGUCAGAAUACGCAUAGAGUGAAAAAUGCAUAAAAAGGGAAUUACGUUCCAUUUACGCGCGCUUAAGUCUGAUCGGAAUCGGCCCCCAAGUGAAUACAAAUACUGUAAAUGAGUUGCCACAAAAUCAUCAUAAAGUGAAUAUAAUAUUAUUUUAUCACUAUUUUGUGAUAAUAUAUAAUAGCUUUCCAAGAGUUAAAUGUUUUUUGGUAAAUCGAUUUCUUUGGUAAAAUGAUUGUCGUAAUGUCAUUCACUCACAGUGAAGACAAAGCCUUCCAGAGUAAGAGGAGUCAAGGAAGCUGCAUUUUGAAAGGUCAUCAUUAGGCUUCCCUCAGCUUAGUGCUGCUAGGGUAGUCUGUUUGUGCUAUCAUGCCAACUCCUUGCCACUCAUUGAAAUUGACAUGACAAUGGCAAUUGGCUUGACAAGGACACUGGACAGCAAUGGAGUAGGCAAGAGCACAAACAGAUCGGGGCCAAGGUAUCAGCACUAUUCACUUUCCUUACUACAUCUUAACCAGGCAAUUAUUUCUUAGUGGUCUUCUUUCUUCUUCUGUGGUUUCAGGUUGUGCACAAGGCGGCCAUCACCGUGGAUGAGACCAGCAACGCCGGGAAUGCCCGUGCCCUGAACAUCUUCGCUAGUCUUCCUCCUCGGCUCACCGUCAACCGGCCCUUCCUCUUCCUCGUUUACCACGAGGCCACCAGCAGCCUCCUCUUCAUAGGCAGGGUGAUCGACCCCUCCAAGAAGUGA